CUCAUAGGAGCUGGAGGCUACACUGCCGUCAGCGGAGUUCUCACCGUCGAGGAGGGGAAAGCAGAUGCCGUGGCGUACGGUCGCCGCUUCAUCUCCAACCCAGACUUGGUCCAGCGUCUGCGCCUCAGACAGCCCCUGACUCCUUACGACCGCGACACCUUCUACAGCCACGGCGCCAAGGGCUAUACUUCCUAU